AUGCCCAAGGAAGCAAAAUCGUCGAGUAAGCAGCAUCGCUCCGAUCCUCUGGCUAGACCAGAGGUCCCGACCUUCACCUGCAUUUCAUGUCUGGAGAACUUCACGGCACAGCCCGUCAUGGUCAUGCAAGACUCAAUGUGCGAAAAGUGCUUCACUGACAACAUGGUUCCUCAGUUCCACCUCGCCCUCGCCAACGAAAUCAACGCUCCCGUCCGGUACGGUGGCGUUGAAUUGUCGAUCGACCCCUAUGUCCAGUACUUCUCCGAGGACUUCCUUCUCUCCUGGCGGGAGAAGGCCGUCGAGCGUCAAGUACUUGAGCCAAAUCGCCUCUAUUGCGCUGGCGCUGUAGUCAACGACGGCGAACAGUGCAACAAGUUCCUUGGCGACAAGAAUCUUCACCAAUCGGCUCUGCCAUGCGCACGGUGCGGGUCACUCACCUGCGGUGAGUGCAGGGACAAGAUCAUAUCUGAUCCCCACACUUGCUCCGACCCGGACCCAGAUGUUGCUCCGGCCAUUCCAGGUUUGAAACUUGGAGUGGACUAUCAACGCUGUCCGAACUGCAGGAAACCCAUCGAACUCCGAGAAGGGUGCAACCACAUGAGCUGUGACUGCCUUGCGCACUUCUGUUUCUUAUGCGGCCAACUAGGCCUGCCUUCAAAUUUGGAUAUUGUCCAGCCUGCACAUCUCGCACAAGAAGGAGACCAGACCUGGGGGAGGGUGUCACACUGGGGCGGGAACAGUUGUCCGCUGUAUGGUCCCCGGAAUCAAGAGGGACAGCCCAUCUUCGACCGUCCGCCGCCGGAAGAACCGGACGACUUGGACAGUCUCUGGUUGUUCACGAGAAUGCUCGACAUGAUGUAUGACCGACUUGAAACUUUGCCCGAAAUUCAGGCCGCUCCAGAUCCCGAUGCCGCGGUUGAAGCAAUGCUUGACCUGGUCCUCCCGAACCUACACGAAGCUAUCCUCCAGACAUUACCAGCUCUCGUGAUGCUGGAUCAUAUGACCGCCAUGGACGCUGUGGUGAGGGAGUUCGGAGUGCAUCUGUACGCUUGCGUGCGAAAUGGCACAGAUCCACUCGACUGGAUGCAAGCUGUCGCCGAUGUUGCCAAUCUACUCCUGAACUGCGACAGUGUGUACGUGAGGAGCUUGAUCAACGUGCAAGGGCUGCGUAUCGGAGAGGAGCACUGGGCACCCCUACUACCGGAGGUCUUACGAGCUCUGGAGGGAAUGGUGCAUCGGAUCGGUCCCAGAGGAUUUGCACUUUUCCCCUUUCUGCAGACGGUUGUCGCAGGCUUCCGGCUGGCCGCCCAGGGAGACUACCUUGGACUUGUUGCUUUGCCUGAUCUGGGUGAUCGGGCGAAUUUGCAACCUCAGCGUGAUGCUCUCGACGAGGAGGAUCGAUUGCAGCUUAUGGACCCCGGGGGUGACCGGUACCCAGGUCCUGGAGCACCGUAA